AUGUCUGACAUUAACAAAAUAUUCAAAGAGGCUGCUAUCCAGAUAGGAUACAUAUUGGUGCUUUUUUCAUAUUUUAAGUGUUUUCCUGUUCAAGGCUUUGUGGAAGUUUGCAUUAUGCACCCCCUAGACCUAAUAAAAACAAGACUGCAAAUUCAAUCUAAAAGUCUCCAUGAGAGUGACCCUAAGUAUUACCAUGGUAUUGCUGACUGUAUUAGAAAAAUGUAUAAACAGGAAGGACUUUUCUCUUUCUGGAAAGGAAUAGUACCUCCAAUUUUAGCAGAAACUCCCAAAAGGGCUGUGAAAUUUUUUACUUUUGAACAGUACAAAGCAUUUUUCAUGUUUGGAUCACCUACCCCUACACCUUUGACAUUUUCUCUAGCUGGUCUAGGUGCAGGAGUAACAGAAGCAAUUCUUGUGAACCCCUUUGAAGUUGUCAAAGUUUCCCUUCAAUCUAAUAAGGCCCGUGCCAGUGAAACACCCAGUACAUGGGCAGUGACUAGACAAAUUGUGGCUGAAAAUGGAAUUGGCCUUAAUGGCUUGAAUAAAGGGGUAACUGCCACUAUUGCCAGAAAUGGUGUUUUUAAUAUGGUUUAUUUUGGGUUCUAUCAUUCUGUUAAAGGAUUCUUGCCACAGUAUGAGAACCCAUAUCAAGAAUUCUUUAGGAAGGUUGGAAUUGGUUUUGUAUCUGGAAGUUUGGCUUCAUGCAUAAACAUACCAUUUGAUGUUGCAAAAUCAAGAAUUCAGGGACCACAACCUGUACCUGGGGAAAUCAAGUACAAAUCCACCAUAAAGUCCAUGGUUAUUGUGUAUCAAGAAGAAGGAUUUAGGGCUCUUUAUAAAGGCCUCCUUCCAAAAGUUCUUCGGUUGGGACCAGGUGGCGCUAUUAUGCUAGUCGUGUAUGAAUACAUGCACAAUUUUUUGACUCGAGAAUAUGCCUAA